UGUUUUCCUUCAUCAGAGGGCUAACUACAGUCCUGCUGGGUCAUCUCCUCUUUCUCACUCAGCUUCUGCCAUUUUAGAUUGUUGACAUGUCUACCCUCGGGAGUUUCGAUGGUUUCCAGCCAGUGGCUCUGAAGCAAGAUGGAGAUGACCAGCCAUCAGAAAGAGACCAUCUUUCUGUAAAAGAGGAUGAUCCUCUCAAGCCUUCAAAGUCAAACCGAAUUACAAGACAGCCAAGCAUCACUGAGACAACACUCUACCCAAACCCUUACGUCCGACCAUAUACCUCGAGGAAGUACUUUGUUACCCGGCCAGGAGCCAUUGAUACAGCUAUGGAAGACUUAAAACGUCAUGUGGCAGGGACUACUGGGGAAACCGUUCAAAGCUUCUGGCUCUUAACUGAGGUGGACCACUGGAACAAUGAGAAGGAGAGAAUUGUGGCGAUCACCGACAAGACACUUUUGAUCUGCAAAUACGACUUCAUCAUGCUUAGCUGUGUCCAGUUUCAGCGAAUCCCCCUGAAGUACAUCGAUCGUAUUUGCUUGGGCAAAUUUGCCUUUCCUGGGAAGUCUUUGGAUACGAGACAAGGUGAAGGUCUGCGCAUCUACUGGGGGAACACAGAGAAUCAAUCAGUCUUGUCCCGCUGGAACCCUUGGUCCACUGAAGUUCCUUAUGCGACAUUCACAGAGCAUCCAAUGAAGUACUGCAAUGAAAAGCUCAGGGAAAUAUGCAAGAUGUCUGCAUUCACGGCUAAGCUGCUGCCAGCUGUUGAAAAUGCUCACAAAGACACCAUGGGACCACGAAGAGGAAAGGGCGUGAUAGUUUUGACUGAACCCAUUUUGAUCGAGACCUACACGGGAAUUAUGUCUUUCAUCGGGAACCGCAACAAACUCGGCUACUCCCUUGCUCGUGGAAGUGUUGGAUUUUGAGGCAGAUCAAGUUUUGUCAAUUUAUAGUAAA